CUCUUCCGCGCCGGAAGCUGCGACUCCUGCCGCGGAAGAGGCCCGACCUCGGGCCCGCCAUGUCCACUAACAACAUGUCGGACCCACGAAGGCCGAACAAAGUGCUGAGGUACAAGCCCCCGCCGAGCGAGUGUAACCCGGCCUUGGACGACCCGACGCCGGACUACAUGAACCUGCUCGGCAUGAUCUUCAGCAUGUGCGGCCUCAUGCUCAAGCUGAAGUGGUGCGCUUGGGUCGCUGUCUACUGCUCCUUCAUCAGCUUUGCCAACUCCCGGAGCUCUGAGGACACUAAACAGAUGAUGAGUAGCUUCAUGCUGUCCAUCUCUGCUGUGGUGAUGUCAUAUCUGCAGAACCCUCAGCCCAUGACGCCCCCCUGGUGAUGUCAGCCAAGGACUACUCUGUACACCUUCCCCCAGGCCUGGCCCCUGGCUGUUCAGCCCCUGCCCUCAGCUGCUGUCCUGGGCUUCUCUGAAUGAGGCUGGAUGGAGGGAACCUGACCCUUUCCCUGGGAUUCCACUUCUGCUGGGCAGAGGAGAAUUCCCUAGGCCUCCCCCACCUGCCUGCUUCCCCAUCCUGCCUGCUGCUGGGGGAGAUGCUGUCCAUGUUUCUACGUGUAUCCACUCGUUUCUUUUGUUGAAACCAGUUAAUAAUAAAGUUUUGCAUUCUGGCUGUGUUUUGGGAA